ACAGCCUAAAGCAGAAUAUUGAUGUACCAAUGGCAAAGAAUGUUCCAAGCCUUAUGUACCUGGCAGAGCAAGCAGAAAAGGAAAACAGCCUAAAGCAGAACUUAAUGUACCAAGAGCACAGAAAGUUCCAAGCCUUAUGUACCUGGCAGAGCAAGCUGUAGAGGAAAACAGCCUAAAGCAGAAUAUUGAUGUACCAAUGGCAAAGAAUGUUCCAAGCCAUAUAUACCUAGCAGAGCAAGCAGUAAAGGAAAACAGCUUAAAGCAGAACAUAAAUGUACCAAGAGCACAGAAAGUUCCAAGCCUUAUGUACCUGGCAGAGCAAGCAGUAAAGGAAAACAGCCUAAAGCAGAACAUUGAUGUACCAAGAGCACAGAAAGUUCCAAGCCUGAAAUACCUGGCAGAACAAGUUGUAGAGGAAAUUGGCCUAAAGCAGAAUAUUGAUAUACCAAGUGCACAGAAAGUUCCAAGCCUGAAAUACCUAGCAGAGCAAGCUGUAGAAGUAAACGGCUUAAAGCAGAAUAUUGAUAUACCAAGAGCACAGAAAGUUCCAAGCCUAAAAUACCUGGCAGAGCAAGCUGUAAAGGAAAAUGGCCUUAAGCAGAAUAUUGAUGUACCAAGAACACAGGAAGUGCCAAGCCUGAAAUACCUUGCAGAGCAAGCUGUAGAGAAAAACAACCUGAAACAAAAUAUUGAUGUACCAAGAGCACAGAAAGUUCCAAGCCUAAAAUACCUGGCAAAGCAAGCUGUAAAGGGAAACGGCUUUAAGCAGAAUACUGAUGUACCAAGAGCACAGAAAAGUCCAAGCCUGAAACACCUGGCAGAACAGGCUGUAGAGGAAAACGGUCUGAAACAAAAUAUCGAUGUACCAAGAGCACAGAAAGUUCCAAGCCUAAAAUACCUGGCAAAGCAAGCUGUAAAGGGAAACGGCUUUAAGCAGAAUACUGAUGUACCAAGAGCACAGAAAAUUCCAAGCCUGAAAUACCUGGCAGAAAAAUCUCUAGAGGUAAACGGUCUAAAGCAGAAUAAUGAUGUACCAAGAACACGGAAAGUUCCAAGCCUUAAAUACCUAGCAGAGCAAGCUGUAGAAGAAAACGGCCUGAAACAAAAUACUGAUGUACCAAAAGCACAGAACGUUCCAAGCCUGAAAUACCUUGCAGAAAAGGCUGCAGAUGAAUAUCACCUAAAGCAGAAUAUUAAUGCACCAAGAGCACAGAACGGGCCGAGUCUGAAACAAAUGGCAGGACAGGCUUACCUUCUAAAGCAAAACAUUGAUGUACCAACUGGACGGAUGGUUACAAACCUGAAAUACAUGACAGAGCAGGCCGUAGAGGAAAAUGGCCUAAAGCAGAACAUCGAGUUUAAAAGAUCACAGGAAGUUCAAUACAUGAGAACCUUUACAGGAAAAGAUAUAGAAGAAAUGGGCAUAAAGCAGGACAUCGAAUCACCAAAAACACAGAAUGUUCCAAGCCUGAUGUUCUUGGCAGAAAAAGCUGCCAAUGUAAACGUUCUUAAAGAGAAUAUUGAAGUAACAAGAAUAAAGAUAGCUGAAAGUCCCAAUUUAGUUAAUGAAAAUGAGAUUGCUGGAAUAAACCUCCUCAAUGAUACCGGUGUACACAGAACAUGUUUGGAUAAUCUUUUACAACACGCUCAUUCUGAACACAAUUUAGGGCGAGACAAGGUACAUGACGGCGUCACAGCAAGAUCUGCUCUUUGCAACAGCAUGAGCAAUAUUCCUGCAGGCAGAACCUCUGAGUCAAAACGACAGACCUCAUGUUGCUCUACUCGUAGGUCAAGGCCACCAACAAGAGCAUCUGAAAGGUCAAGGGCGACAAAUGAUUGCGAAGGAACCAAGUUUGAAUAUGCUGACAAAACAGACGACAAGGGUGACUGGAACUAUUACUCUACUGAGAGAGCACAGAAGAAAGUCAAGGAAGCUCCCGAUGUUGUCAAUGGCAACAAGAAACAGCCUGGCGAGAUUUUCACACGGGAAACUUACACAGGAGCACCUGAUGCAUGGGAAAGGGAUAGCUGUAAUAUGGAUGAGUCCAACGAAAUGCAAAGAUACGAACCUGUUGACCUUGACAGGUAUUUCAAGAAUCACAAAGUGAAAGAGAAGUUUCCAACAUUGAGUGAAUUAGCUGAAAUGGCAGUUAGAAAGUACCACUUGCUUGAAAUAUGUGAAAGAAGUUUCGAAAAUCCUAAAAUCAGUAUGGUAAGAACCGGAUCACCGGAAAUGGAAACCGGUUACCCGGAUGAAUGUCGAUAUGCAAAUGAGAGGUAUACCGAAGUAGAUCAUCGUGCCAGUCAGCAGCAGAAACUAUCAGAACCACCAGAUGGCGCCAAAACUGAACCAAAGAGCAGGUCAUCUUCUGCGUCAUCAGUAAGCACAAAUCUUCCAAUCUCGGUUGAAAAAGAAAAGGACAGUCGGAAAACUUCAGGGUCUCGUAGCCAUAGAGAAGAGAAGACUAUACUACCCUCAGGAAAAUGCACGAAAACCACAGGGACUUGUGAACAUGAACAUAAUGUUAAGGAGACACCAAGGUUGAAACCGAAGAAGAAAACAGAAAGAGUAUCUGACAAAGUUGACAACCAGAAAUUACAGCGCUUGAAGCAUGACCAUGAUAAUAUAAGUAACUUUAGUUGACACAGUUACUAUAAAACUGUAAUUUACUAUUACUAUACCAGAUUUAUA